AUGUUCAGCGCUAACGUCGUUGAGGGCCUUGCUUACUACCAGCGCUCCAAGGCCGGUUCUCCUGGUGGAGUGAUCAUGGUUAUGUGGAUGGCGGCUUUUGUUACUCCCAAGGGCCAGUCUAUGCUUGAUAUGCUCGGCGGCAACUGGCUUCCCUGGGUGCUUCCCAAACAAGAAACCCUCUUUUACCACGACAUGACGUCUGAGGCACAACAGGCCGCAAUUGCCAAGCUGAAGGGUCAACCCACACAGACCUUCUUGGAGAAAGUUGGAUAUGAGUGCUGGCACGAUAUGCCCAGCAUGUAUCUCUUCUGUGAUAAGGAUCAGGCCCUGCCGCUGGCUUUCCGGGAAGUCUUUGCUAAGGUUCUUGGCAACCCGGCCUUCUUGAGUGUGCCUGACCAGGUCAUGGAGGCUCUUGAGCUGGCCUUGAAGGAGGGCCGUGCCCAGAGCGGCAUCCAUGUUGACUGA